UUUGCUGUUGCGAACAUGAAUGAAAAUGCUGUUGCCUUUCUGCUUGGACACAAUGCAGUGGUGGACAUUAAAGAUAAGCAUGGAAUGAAUGCCUUUCUUCUCGCAGCCUGGUUUGGACACCUGAGUAUUUUGAAAAUGUUGGUAGAGAAAGGUGCUGAUCAAAAAUCCACAAAUGAGGAAGGAAUGAACGCACUCCAUUGUGCUGCUCAAAACAACCAUGCUUCAAUUGUACAAUAUUUAAUUAAAGAUGCGCAGCUGGAUUUGAACAAGCCCACAGAGAAAGGUAAAAAACCCUAUCACUUAGCAGCUGAACAUGGAUGUCUUGAAAUGGUGAACAUGUUGGCUGAGUUUGAAUAUACUACACAGGAGAAGGACAAGGAAGGUAACACAGCCUUGCACCUUGCUGGCAAGAAUGGUCAUAUGUUAGUCGUUGAAGAGCUGCUGAGAGAGUGGAAUCUAAUAGAUGAGGAGAAUGAGGAGGGCGAGACUGCAUUUUAUCUGGCUGUUGUUGGAAAUCAUCAGGAAUGUGUGCAACUGUUGCUGGAAGCAGGAAGUGACAUUAAUAUUUUACCAAAGACCGAUUUGAGUUCCUUGCACAUUGCAGCAGAGAGAGGUGAUGUUUCCAUGGCUUUGAUUCUUAUCAAUGCUGGAAUGAAUUAUAAUGUUCAAAAUAAUAAAAAAGAAACCUGUCUACAUUUGGCUGUUAAAAACAGACACACGUCUGUUGCACAACUCCUCGUGGAAUCCAAAUGUGAUGUUAACAUUGUGGAUGAAAGAAACCAGAAUCCAUUGCAUCUGGCAGCUGAGCUUGGAAGAACUGACUUGGUGGAAUUGCUGUUGAAAGCAGAUAUUGACUUGAAACAAAAGGACAAGCAAGGUAAAACUCCACUGGGAGUGGCAGUAAGAGUCAACCAUAUCAUUAUUGUAGAUAUGAUCAUCAAAGCUGAAAGAUACUGUGCCUGGAAGGAGAAAAUCCAGGAUAGCUCUAUAAUUCCAACAAGGAGUUAUCCAUUGUCAUUCAAACCAGACCACACCACAGAGACAAGCCAGCUCCGUGUAGCCAUAUGGAGUUUGGCAAACCAUCAAUUGAAACCAAAAGAUUGGAAGAAACUUGCUGUACAAUGGUAUUUCACUGAGGAACAGAUUAAAGCAAUUGAGGAACAAUGGACAGGCUCAAAGAGCUACAAGGAACAUGGCCACAGAAUGUUGUUGAUAUGGUUACAUGGAGUCCUUUUAACUGGCAAGAACCCAGUCAAAGACUUGUAUGAAGGUCUAAUUAACAUUGAACAGAGGAACUUAGCUGAAAAGAUCAGGAAAGAAAUUAAUGGCGUACAAUCUCCACAGAAGUGCUGUGUUUCCUAAAGUUUGCAUCUGCAAAUUUGGACCCAUAGAUUUUUCUGCUCAGGUGAACGGAAAGGAAACACAGGGCUGAUUUACAUGAAAUGUUAGAACAAAUCAGUCCCCUCCCAAGCCAAAUGAAGUGUAAAACAUGGUGACUGUU